AUGGAAGGAAAUUUCGCCGUGAAGAAACUGCGGAAGCUUCCUCACGUAUUUAACAACGUAUUGGAAUUGCCGUUCCGUUCUGACGCGGAUGUGACGGUGGAAGAGACUGAAGGAUUCUUCCGUUUCGUGGCGGAAAUCGACUUGGAAGGAGCUGGCCGUGGAGAUUCAUCCCGGGGUAACGAAGAUUGUCGUGAGAAAGGGCAAUGGAGAUGGUUGCUCGCUUCAACAAUGCCGGGGCUGGCCACGGCGGCGUUUGUGGACGGAGCGCUUGUUGUGACGGUGCCAAAGGGCGGCCGUGAAGCUGCAGAGUUUGAUGAUGGAGGAAGGGGUGUUUGGGGAGGCGGUGGCCGCCUUGUUCUUGUACAAUAG